UUAAGCGUCACUGACCGAGAGAAAGUUUGAAGUCUUGGCAAUGAUGGUGCAAUACUCUCUUAUAUCAGCUGAUUUGUAUUCAUGCCCUUGUUAUUCUUGUUGUAUUAUACUAAAUGUCCUAUUUAUUAGUGUGGGAGACAGUGCAAUGAGGCCCGGUCACAUGAAUUUCUCUGUUAGGUGCUGCGAUUACUUUGCGGCAUUGAGUUGCAAAUUGUAGGGAUUUAAUUAUGCUAAUUUAGAAUUGCUAAGAUAUUUAGGUAAGUUUGUAGUUUAGGAAUAUUAAGUAAUUUAGGUUCUAAUUGAGUUGCAUAUGAGGCUAAUCGUAUUUUCUUGUUUUUGUGUCUUGUAGCUAAAUUUAAGUACUGUUGUUGGGUUGGAGACACAAAUAUAUUGUAACCACAUCAUACAAUACACACCAUACAUUUACAUACAGACAUCAAGUUUUUACAUUCACUGUGUUACACUGCCGUUAUACUUGCUGUGGAAAUUUAUCUAUCUACUGUGGAACUUUUAACCUGAUUGUGGAAUUUUACUGGACUGUGACUUGUAUAUACUGUAAAUAUACUUUCAUUACAAGUUCUUUCAUACAAGUUGGAUGUGUUUAUGUGUGCGUUACUACUGUGUCGAGAGUUAGCUACGGAAGUAGAUUGACAAGACAGCCCAAUAAUCAGAAAUAGGACCUGUAGAACCUCUUAACUCUACAUUAAGUUACAAUAUAAGUCUCGACUGUUGUCUCGAAAGUUUAAAGUCAAGUGAAGAUGUCAACUGUUUCUGGAUCAACUACUAAGUCAUGUAUGUCUGAAAGAGCAAAGGCAGAGAAGAGAUUGCGACUUGCAAAUCUAAGAAAGCAACAAAUCCUUAAACAAUCAGAGCUGAAACGUAAACAACUGGAGUUAGAGUCUCAAACUGAGCUGAAACGUAAGCAAUUUGAACUCGAUUCUCAGACUUUAGCAGCUGAAGCAGAUGCUGAAGAAGCUCAAAUUGAGUAUGAUAUGAUGUCAAGUGCUAGCCAUUCAAGACAAGGUUCAGUUAUUGACGGGUCAACAUUUUAUGGAUUUGAGGCUCAAUCUAGUUCUGAGAAAGUUGUCAAGUCAACACCGAUUACUGAUCAUUUGAAGUUAUUAAGUCAAGAUGAUGUGGCUGAUACGUCACUUCCGCCUCCUAUGAAACCAUCAAAUGUGUCGGACUUUGAUCCAGAGAAAGCAAAUAGAAUCUUGCGGCAAAUUUUUACUCCUAUGGCAAAUGAUGACAAAGGAUGUAUGUUGGAUCCGAACGUUCCAUUCAUAUCAAAUGAGAAUCAAGUUCCAUCACCUGCGAAGAAUUUGGUGAGUGAUAUUAUGCAUGAUCAUAGAUUUGAUGCCAGUACAAAUCAGCAUCUCAUUCGCUUGAUUCCCACUGAAGUUGGAAAUGUUCAAACUGAAGUGCCGAAUGUUGAACCUGUAAACAGGUCAGCAGCCCAUGAAAUUAAGAUUGAGUCACCGGGUACUAUAAGAAGCCAUGCUAAGAUGGAAUAUGGUAUGCCGGAUCACACUGUUCAUGCAAUGGCGCAGCUGACGCAAGCUUUACAGGGAGGAAUGCUGAAUGUAGCAAAUAUCAUUAAGCAAGGUUUGAUGUUCCCUCAUAUUAAGAUGACAACAUUUAAAGGAGAAAUUCUUAAAUAUACAGAGUUUGUUCGAGAGUUCAAUACUUUUAUUGGUUCGAGUCAAUUGGAUGUUGCUCAAAAAUUGAAUUGUUUGAUUUCCAAUUGUGAAGGUUCUGCUAAAGAAGCAAUAUUGUCAUGUGGUUCUUUACCUGCAGAAAGAGGUUAUGAACUGGCACGAAGUAUUUUGCAUCGAAAUUAUGGUCAGAGGCAUCUCAUAAUUGAUGCACAUUGCAAUUACUUACUGAAGGAAUAUGAUGCCAGAUGUAGUUUGGAUGAUUUAACUACAUUAAGAAAGAUUGUAAAGAGAUUUCCAAUACAACAUUUAUGGAAAUUUGCUCACAUUGCUAAUGAGAAGUACACCAAUGGAGAUAUUGUCAAUUUUGAUACUCUUCUUACAUUUAUGGAGACAGUUUCAAAUGUGAAUAGAUCUGGAUUUGGUAAGCUUGCACUUGAGACACAUAAAGGAAAGAAAUAUGUUGACAGUCCGAGUCAGCGGGGCAACCGCAGUGUGUCAUCAUUUCUUAUUUCUGAAGAGUCAUCUUCUAAAGCACCCACAGCUGAUCCUAAGUUGAGUAAUGCCACGUUGAGAAAACCACUACGAGAGUGCGUUGUGUGCAAAUCUGAUCAUCAGUUGUGGAGGUGUGAAGAAUUUAAGAAAAGGAAAGCCAAAGAGAUAGCACCAGGUUGCAAUAGAAGACAUCACACACUGUUGCAUGUUAAUAAGAAGCCUGAUUCAGUGAAACCAAAUGGUAGUACAGAUGUGCAAUCACCUCAAGAUGUGAGGUCUAAUGAGGCCGGAGCUACGACCGCCAAUGAGGCCGGUGUAACUUCGACUCAGUUGUGUGCUACUGAAGUUAAACCUGCCACCUUUAUAAGAAGAAAGGUGGUUCCUGUGCGAGUAUGGGGAACCGAUAAUCAAUCAUACGACACAUAUGGAUUCAUUGAUGAUGGCAGUAAUGUUAGCAUUAUCAAAACUGAGCUUAUGAAGAAACUUGGUUUACAAGGCAACAGCGACCCACUCGUAAUUAAGACGUUGGGUGGAAAAAUUGAACAUAAAUCAAGUCCUGAAGUGUCACUGAAUAUUCAAGGACUCAAUGAAACUAGGAUUAUUCAGAUGCAUGGAGUUCGAGUGUUGGACGAUCUUCCCUCGGAUUUGGAAUGCAACAUACCGUCUAAUAGUGCGAUGGCGAAAUACGAAUACUUGAAAGAUAUCAAUUUUCCAAAUGCAAAGAAUGCAAAAGUUGAAGUCCUGAUUGGUGUAGAUGUGCCUGAAGCUCAUGCGUGUUAUGGAAUGCGACGUGGGAGUAAUUCAGAGCCAUUUGCUGUGCAUACUGGUCUUGGAUGGGCAUUAUUCGGGCCAGAUGGUAAAUUUCAUCAACCAAGUGUAAAACAUCUUGAUUGGAUUCAUUUGGAUAAUGAAGAAUUGCAUGUUCAGAUGGAGCAAGCUUUUCGGAAUGAAUUAAAGGAUUCUAAUGUCAGUGGAUUUGACACUUUACCAUCUAUUGAAGACAAACAGGCUUUAAAGAUCAUGAAUGAUUCAAUUUGUAAAGUGAAUGGAAGAUAUCAAGUCAAGAUUCCAUGGAGGUCAUCUAAUAUCGAGUUGCCUGAUAAUAAGCAAGUUGCUGAACGAAGAUUUGAGAAUUUACAGAGACGUUGUGUCAAAGAUUCUGGAUAUUAUGAAAAAUAUAAAGCCAAGAUGGAUGAAUACAUCUCUAAAGGAUAUGCUAGUAAAAUUGAAGACCAAGAUUUGAUACACAAGAAAAAUACAUGGUAUAUUCCUCACCAUGGGGUUGGAGGAAAAUUUCGAAUUGUUUUUGACGCGUCUGCCAAGUGUAACGAUAUAUCAUUGAAUGACAAUGUUUUAAGCGGACCACCGGAAACAAGCAGUUUGUUUGGUGUCCUUACAAGAUGUCGCGAAGAGAAAGUUCUGAUCAUUGGUGAUAUUUCUGCAAUGUAUCAUCAAGUUUUGGUUGCACCGGAAGACAGAGAUUCUCUGCGGUUCCUUUGGUGGCAAGAUGGAGAUUACAAUCAACCAGUUGCAGAGUAUCGUUGGAAUGUUCACAUUUUUGGUGGCUCUUGGGCUCCUAGUGUAUGCUGUUAUGCCCUGAGGAGAGUUGCUGUCGACAAUCGAGAUCACAUGGACAAGGAAACUUUAAGUGCAAUUAAUGAAAAUUUUUACGUCGAUGAUUUGCUUCGGUCAGAGCCAACCGUGGAAGAUGCAGUUCAUCGUAUAAAGGAUUUGUCCUGUCUUCUUGAUGGUUCGGGAUUUCAUCUUACUAAGUUUUUGAGUUCUCAACCUGAAGUUUUGGAAACUAUCUCUGAAGCAGAUAGAUCACCUACUACAAUAAGUUUUAAUUUUGAAGAAAAUAUGUCACAGAAGGCAUUGGGUUUACUGUGGGAUGUAUCUACUGAUGCAUUUCGUUUCGAAGUCAAUAUUGAGCAAAAACCAUAUACAAGACGUGGAUUGUUAGCGAUGCAAGCACAGAUUUUUGAUCCUCUUGGUAUUUUGGGUCCCUUUCUAUUACCUAUGAAGAGAUUACUGCAACAAUUAUGUGCAGAGAAUUUUACCUGGGAUCAACAGUUACCUGAUAAAGCUAUUGAUUUAUGGAAAAAGUGGAUGGUUCAACUUCCUGAAUUUAGAAAAGUUUCUGUGCCAAGAUGGUUCAAAGGCUCCAAAUAUGGUGAUUGUACAAUGCAGUUGCAUACUUUUUGUGACGCCUCUGAAGUUGGUCUGGGAGUUGUGAGUUAUGUUCGAGUUGAAAGCAAGGAUGGCAAUAUACAUUGUGAGUUCAUUGCUGGAAAAUCGCGAGUUGCACCACUGAAGUCCAUUUCAAUUCCUAGACUUGAGUUGUCUGCUGCUGUCAUUGCUGUGAAACUAAGUGCAAUGAUUCAAAAAGAGUCAAAAUAUAAAUUUGAUGAAGUCACAUUUUGGUCUGAUAGUACAUCAGUGCUGCAAUACAUCAAUAAUGUCAAAACAAGAUUUAAAGUAUUUGUUGGAAAUAGACUUUCUGUAAUACAUGAGCAUUCUACACCAAAGCAAUGGAGAUAUGUUGGCACUAAAGAAAAUCCAGCGGACUUGGCAUCAAGAGGAGUCAUGCCUGAGAAGUUAAGCAAGUGUGAUUUGUGGUUCCAGGGUCCUGAAUUUUUAGGAAAGAGUGAAGAUUAUUGGCCAGAAAGACCAAAAGUUUUGCCAAUGGCAAUGAGUGAAGACAAUUGUGAAAUCAAGAAAACACACCAGAUGUUUGCUAUAACACAGGAAACGAUUGAGAAAACACCAGUCUUUUUCACGUUAUUGAAGAGAUAUUCAUCUUGGAGAAAAUUACAGAAGUCAGUUGCAUGGUUGACACGUUUCAAGAAAUGUAUAUUAUGGAAAUUUGGUCAUGCUGAUAAACCUGAAUUUUGUAAGGAAGGUUUAACUGUGGAUGAAAUAAAUGCUGCGACUCAUGACAUAUUACAUCUUGUGCAGAUGGAAAUGUUUUCAGAAGAUGUGUUCAAGUUAGACAAGAAUUCACCAUUGCGAGCUCUAACACCUUGUUUGAUUGAUGGCUUAAUAUGUGUUGGAGGUAGACUACAGCGAUCUACUUUACCUGAUGAAAGCAAGCAUCAAGUCAUCUUGCCAUACAAUCAUCAUGUGACUGAUCUCAUUAUCAAUCAUUAUCAUUUACUGGAGGGACAUAGUGGAACACUGCAUGUCUUAUCUGUUAUUAGACAGCGGUUCUGGAUCAUCAAAGGUCAUUCAGCGGUCAAACGUGUUCUUCGUCAAUGUUUGAAAUGCAAGAAGAGGCGAGCUAAACCAGGUUCGCAAAUCAUGGCACCACUGCCUGAAUUGAGAGUUAAACCAGGAAACCCACCAUUUAGUGUGACCGGUGUGGAUCUUAUGGGAUAUUUUCUCAUCAAAUCUGGUCGAAGUGAUGUAAAGCGAUGGGCUGUGAUAUUUUCAUGCAUGGCAAGUCGAGCAAUUCAUAUUGAGGUCGUGAACAGUUUGAAUACCUCUGACUUUAUCAACGCACUGGAAAGAUUUGUAGCAAGAAGAGGUCCUGUAUUGGAGUUGAUUUCUGACAACGGGUCAAAUUUUACUUCUGCGAAUAAAGAGUUAAAGGAAGGACUGAAACGUUGGAAUCAGUCUGUGCAUGAAAACCUUAGUCGAAAGGGAAUCAAAUGGAAAUUUAACCCUCCUGCUGCGAGUCACUGGGGUGGGUGUUGGGAGAGAAUGAUUCGGUCUUGGAGAAUUCUGAACAAUCGACCGAUUACACCUGUUGGAGACGAUUGCAAAGAUCUUUGUGCAUUAACACCAGCUAUGCUAUUAACUGGUCGUAUCGAUCCUGAUUAUCCAUCAGAUGUUUUUGUUAAAGCAGAUGGAUAUCGAAAGUCUUGGAAAUUGGUGCAGUUACUGGCAAAUCAAUUUUGGUCAAGGUGGACAAAAGAAUAUCUGCAAAUUCUUCAAUCGAAGCAAAAGUGGCAUCAACCAGCAAAGAACUUUUCUGUUGGAGACUUGGUUCUGGUAGUUUACGAAGAUACACCGAGAGGUUCGUGGCCAAUGGCAAUCAUCGAGGAAACGUAUCCAGAUCAAUUUGGUAUGGUUCGACGUGUUCGAGUCAGGACUGCAAAGUCUUCAUAUGUUCGUGAUAUUCGCAAAUUGUGUCAUCUUGAAGCUGUUUAA